UUACUGGGCACAAUAAUGGACGGGCCAAUUUUGGAGAGUCAAAGCUUCGGUAUCCAGUCGAUAGAUCCUGCUGACGAUUGUGACCGCAACGAAGACGAGUAUCUCAACCGACGUUAUUUCAGGCUAAGAACCGACGUCGUUAGUUACGACACUCGUGAAACGGACAGCGAGGAACAGACGGCGGCCGGAAAUGUCAGCGGAGACGUUCGAACUCGAAGUCACGUCCGGGAAUUCAAAAAAGUAGAUGCUGUCCGCUGUUUGGAUGCGUUGUCCGUCAAAAGAAAUAGACGGCCAAUGCACAUAACUUUCAUUGGAGACUCGACUGUCCGCCAACACUUUGUCAGUUUCAUUCGGUGGAUCCCGGAUUACGAUAGGAAGAUUUCGAGAAAUUCGACCAUGUAUGCCGAAUAUUAUUUCCACGAAGACCGGAAUAUCUCGAGUCCGCUGAUGGACGAUUUGCUGGUCUCUUUUUACUGGCGUCGUCUCAUUAAAGAAGAUUUGAUCGCCGAUUUUAAGCGAUGGGCGUCAACUGACGACGACAAUCAAGUCCCCGAUUUCAUCCUUCUCGGAAUAGAUUUCUCAUUAUAA